ACAACCGUUCUUCCAAAUUGAGCAAGGUUCGGAACUCCCGCGUAACGAGAGAGAGAGAGAGAGAGAGAGAGAGAGAGAUGUCAACAGAGCAGGAGCAAACGAAGACUGAUUCGGAUACGUCCCUGAGGCUCGCAAUAGCAAUGGCACUUGUUCGAUCAAAGCUACUCCAAAAGCCGCCUCCUCAUCAACAACAUCCAUCGACUUCUGAAUCCAACGCUCUCAAAUGGAAGCGAAAGGCGAAGGAGCGAAAGCAAGAGCUUCUUAGGCUCAGAGAAGAUCUCAAGCAAGCUGAAGAUAAUUCACAGUGCGACUUGUUCGGCCAAACUGCGAAUUGCAAAUGCUACUUCUUCGAUAAUUUGGGGACAUUGAGCCCUAAUCGGUUCAGCAAUGACUCUGAUGGGAGGUUCAGUGACGUUUUGCGCAGUAGAUUUCUCCGACAAGUGCGGUUGAAUGAAAGAAGAAGGAAAAGAGAGAGCUCAAAACACGCACAUCGUUUUUCUGAUUGUAGCGGUGAAGAUGAAAUUGAACAGCUUAGGGCCUCAGUUGAUUUUCUCGUGGAGCUUUGUGAUACGGUUAAACCUGUCAAGGUUGAGGAGACAAAGUUUUUGAACUGGUCACACCAAGCUGUGGACUUCAUUCUAGCUGCCUUCAAGAACAGAUUGUCAACUGGAAAGAACACAGAACUUCUUGAAGGAAUUGUCUGCAGCUUAAUUGUUCGUCUGGUAAGAAGAAUGUGCACUGCGUCAAAAGCAGAUGAAUUGCAUCACUUGGACGCUGAUGUCCAGUUCCGCAUUCAGCAUUUGAUUCGUAACCUUGGGAGUGAGUGUUAUGUUGGACAGCGAGUGAUACUUUCUGUUUCUCAAAGAAUUGCAGUUCUGGGAGAAAGCUUACUCUUCAUAGAUCCAUUUGAUGAUGCUUUUCCCAACAUGCAUGAUUGUAUGUAUAUGAUGAUCCAGCUUAUUGAGUUUCUGGUAUCAGAUUACUUACUGACUUGGUCAAGCAGUGAAGUUUUCGACACAAGGCUUUUCGAAGAAGGAGUGACAUCCGUUCUUCAUGCAAAGAAGGCAUUAGAGCUCUUGGAAAGCCGGAAUGGGCUUUAUGUGCUAUACAUGGAUCGAGUGAUUGGUGAUUUGGGGAAAAAAUGGGGACAGAUUUCGUUAGUCCACACGCUCAACCUGGAUAUUCUUGCUAACCUGUUGCGCUGAAGCAUGAUAUUCACCAAACAGCACUCCAUUCAGCAAUGCAAAUAAGGUGAAAGGAACUUCUUUCUAUGUUUGUAAAUUCCUCCUGUAUACUAAGAAUUGGAGAAGUUUCUGCUAUUGCUGAACUAUGUCUAUAACCAUGCCAUUUUGUAAAUUUUACUAGUUCGAAAUAUUGUCUUUCUAACUUUUUAAAGGGAUGAUGUGAGCGUAUCAAGUUACCA